GAGAGGGGAGAGGGAGGCAGAUUGGAGGAGCCCGGCUCGGUGGCUAUGCACUGUAGCUCUGGGCAGCUGCACACAAUCCUCAGCAUUUGCAGAGUCUGCAUCCUUCCCAUCCUCUCCCCCGCUCUCCCGCCUCUCAUGGUCCAUUCCUGGUACCCUAUUUAAUUCCCUCUACUGCUGCAUCAUAUCUUGCUUGACACUAGUUCAGCUGUUAUCCUAAUAGGGGAGAAUCCCCUCUCCCCUCCAUUAUCUCUCCCGGUUGGAAUUAUUGCAGUUCCUUUUGUGAUUUUUUUAUUUUUUUUUGUAUAACGCAGUGUGUAUCUCCUCUCCGGAGAAUCUGGCCGAUCCUCAUCUUCUGAUCUGUCCCUCCUGGCAAAGGCGAAGAGAAGAAACCAAGAUACUUUGUCCUUAAGGAGAGAAGGAAAGCGACGGAUCAUACUGGGAAGGUUUUUCGCCGUUUGACCAUCAUGUAUCUUGCAGCCAUCCUGCUCCUGACCCUGGCUGGUUUCACGGUGGCUAAUGUGUCCGAAUAUGACCCCAGUCAGCCGGUCACAUCAGACGUAAAGGUCGCCACAGGAGGUAAAAUGACUCUAACCUGUACGGUGGAGGACCAUGAAGAAUCUUCCCUCCAAUGGUCCAAUCCUGCUCAGCAAACUCUAUACUUUGGGGAGAAGAGAGCCCUCAGAGAUAACAGAAUCCAGCUGGUCAAAUCCACCAAAAAUGAGCUGUCCAUCAGUAUUAGCAACGUGGCCCUAUCUGAUGAGGGCGAGUACACCUGCUCCAUUUUCACCAUGCCGGUCAGGACAGCAAGAGCCAUGGUGACAGUUUUAGGAGUUCCCCAGGAGCCUCAGAUUACAGGUUAUGAGAGGCCAAUCAAAGAGAAUCAGAAUGCCGACCUGAGGUGCAUCACAAGUGGCAGCAAACCGGCCGCCAACAUCAAGUGGUACAAAGGACCAGAGGAGCUGGAAGGAGCACGAAACUCUGAAACAAGGGACGCCAAUGGCAAAACCUUCACUGUAGUGAGCCUCAUUAGCUUUCCUGUGACCAAAGCGGAUGACCAGGUGGAGAUCACAUGCACUGUCGGCCACGAGUCAAUGCCCACCACCUUCAAGUCUUCCAGUCAGAAGCUUCAGGUCCUAUAUCAUCCAACAGCAAAGAUCGAGUCUCGGCCCAGCCUGCCAAGGGAGGGGGACAGGCUGCAGCUGCAGUGUGAUGCCUUCGGAAAUCCUGAACCAGUUAAAUACACCUGGCUGCGCAGGAACGGCGAGCUGCCACCGACAGCGCUCACUGAACACAACAGCCUGGUAUUUCAGAACCUCAACAAAAGUGACAGUGGUACUUACAUGUGCCAGGUAGCAAAUCUCCUGGGGGAAUAUACGGCGGAAUACAAACUGGAUGUCAACGAAUCCCAGACAUUUUAUCAAGACCCCAGCCCCAUUCCCUCCCAGUCAAGCAUUGACCAUGCUGUUAUUGGAGGAGUGGUAGCAGUUAUCGCCUUCCUGCUUUUCUGUCUGCUUAUCGUCUUGGGACGCUACCUGAUCAGACACAAAGGGACCUAUCUUACCCAUGAAGCCAAGGGAUCAGAUGAUGCCCCCGAUGCAGACACCGCCAUUAUCAACGCAGAGGGCGGACAAGGAGGGUCUGACGACAAAAAGGAAUAUUUCAUAUAAGCUCCACGCCUUCUCCUAAACAAUGUGACAACGGCAGCAAGAACAACACAGUUAACAACAAAAACAAAACAGCAGCGGCAGAACAAAUUGAAACCAACGUUCAGGAUAUUUGGCAUGGACGACUCUCUCUCUCUCUUUACCAGGGCUACAGCAAGGAGAAGGGGACGAGAGAGAAAGGGACAGUAAUUGGAGAGAUUUGCUUCUAAAAAAAAAAAAACUUGUAUAAAAGUUAUUACUAAAAACUCCUAAAAAAGAUAAAAAUUGCUUGCUUAAAUCUACAUAUCUUCGGUGAACGCACUAUUCUAACAAAUAAUAGCCGUGAGUUAUAAGAUAUUUUUUUUUUGUUUACUUUCAUUUACAACGUGUACAAAGUUUUAUCCUUUCAUUUUUUACUUUGGAAUGUUGGGGUGGGAGGGGCGGCGGGGAAAAAUAUAUAAUAUAUUUAGUGUUUUUUUUAUUAUUAUUAUUUUAUUUUUAUUUUUUUUCCUGGGUAAAUUAAAUAACUGGUAGGAUAGAUAUUUUCUAGGAAGGAGUGUUAUACGUCAGGAAUACAUGGGGAGGAGUUUAUAAGGUGCCACAAUUCAAGCUUCCAUUUUAAGACCUGAAAAAAAAAAUUUGUAUUAUUUACGACUCCUUAUAACCGUUGUGGAGAAGUGUAUGGUUUAGAUGGUUAACCUUUCUGUAGCCGGUGGCCACCCUUAGCUCUGGCGGAAGGGGGGGAGGGGAAGGGAAAAUGUUAAGUGGUGUUUUUUGCCACUUGACUAGAAAUAUGUUGAGCGACAUUUUGGAUUCUGGAAAUGGGACAAGAAAAGGAAGCUCCCAGCUAACGUAAUUCCUAGUUUCAAGGCGGGUCAGAGUCCCUAACCGAGUUGGCUUAUGCUAUUCAGGGUCUCGGUUUUGCACAAAAUUAAUGAAAAGGCACAGUGUUAUUUGCUUCGUGUCAUAAUUUUUUACAUUGUUUUUGGUCCUAUGUCAUUAACCUAGGUCUUAAUGGAACAGCAUGGUAUGGUAUGAAAAGAGACAAAACCAAUCAGAAUCUUCCAUUCCCAAAAGGUGGUCAUACGUUUGGAGCUAUCUGAUUGGUUAUCAUUCAGCAAUAGAAUCCCGGUUUCAAACCCAGUUAUUUCCAUUGGAUAGGUGGUAUUUAAUCUGUUAUAAAGCACCAUACCUAUUAUAUUUACCACAUGAAUGCGUCAUCAGGUGAUUUCUUGUUUUUUACAGAUGUGGACUUCAUUUUCACAGAGCUUACAACGUCAUUCAUUUGACAGAGUUACCGAUAUUAACCAAUAAAUCUCUGUAAUAUGUCAUACUAUGUAUGUACCAGGCUUGGCAUAAAUUAUUAUUUUUUUCGCUGUG